UCUGUCUUCGCCAGACGGCGUGUUCCGGAUAUGACGCAGGACGCGCCGUAUUUAAACUUGUUUUCAUUAUCACGGAAGGAAGCAGGACCGUUUUCACAGGCUGAAGUUGAUAUACUUCCACACUUAGGCGCUCAUCCUUGUCACCUCACUCCAGACAUGGCGGCGAAGGGGGCCAAGGAGACUAUCGUGAAUAAACUGGGCUUUAAAAGCAGCAGCAGCAGCUCCAAAUCAGCGGAGCUAGAGAUCGAGAAGCUGAAGAGAGAGAACCAGCAGCUGAAGAAAAGCCUGGAGGAGACGCAGAGAGCUGGAAGACACCAGAACACACAGCCAGACCCGGACAAAGCCAAGCUCCUGGAGAGGAUCUUGGCCCUGGAGACGCUGAGGGAGAGGAGCUCGCAGCAGCUGCUGGGGAGGGAGCAGGAGAUCUCGGGCCUCAGACAGCAGCUGCGCGCCGCUCACGGGGACGUGGUGUCUUCACUGCAGAGCCAGCUGGAGCAGAAACAACACGAGGCCGAACACAGAGAGAGACAGUUCCAGGCUCUCUCCAAGGAGACCGAAGACCUGAAAAACAAGUACUGUGCUGUUUCUGAGAGGUGUGACACACUCGAGAAGCAAAAGGUUCCGUCUGGUGAGCUUGCGGUGGUUCAGGAGCAGUUGCGAGACGCUCUGGAGAAGAAUCAUAACUGGCUUGUGUAUGACCAGCAGCGGGAGGCCUACGUUCAGGGCGUUUUAGCCAGGACCAAAGAGUUAGAGACGCAGUUAAAUGAAGCAAAUCAAGCACUCCAACAACAGCACAAAGAAGCCAGUUCAGAUUGCCAGUCCGGACAGGCAGCUCAGCGUGAGCUGGAGGUCGAACGCGCCCGAGUCAGCCGAGUCCAGACAGAACUGGAGGAUCUGAGAGGAAGGUAUGAGGAGAAGAGCAGGGAAGCGGCUCAGGCCCGGGAGCGGCUCCUGGAGGAGAGGAAGCGCGAGCGGGAGGCUCUGCAGGAGGAGAGGAGGCGUACCUCUCGACUGCAGGGAGAGCUGGAGGAGGAGAGGAGGAGGGUGGCAGAACUACUGAUGCAGGUGAAUCUACUGCAGAAAUCCCUGAUGAAUCAGCAGGAGGAGAAGAAAAGAAUCGCUAUUUUGGAACAACAGAUCCAGUUGUCGGCCAAAGAAUCUGAAAGUGAUAAACUGGACCGUCAAUCUCUACAGCACCAGCUCCAGAAAGUUUUGAAAGAGCUUCGUAAAGCCAGAGACCAGAUUACACGCCUGGAGACUGCCAAACAGCAGAGAGAGUCUCGCUUCUCUGAGCCCAGCUCCUAUAACAGGAUGGAUUUUGAAAGAUUGACUAUUCAAGAUCAACCCACGUCUCCAUCUAAAGUCCAUAACAUACUAGAUGAGAGUAUCCUGGAGUGUCCAAACUGUGGCGCUUCAUAUCCCACCAGCCAGCACAGAGAGCUGCUAGCCCACCUCGACUACUGCUUCAGCUAAAACACACGCUUCUCAAUCACUUUGUGUAUGAACUUUAUUGUUUAGGGCACUUUUUGAGUUUUUAUUGUAGCCACAAUUCCAAAGUGUUUUAUUUUUAUUUUGAAGAACAAAUAUGUGUCAAUUUUUUUUUUCUUUUUAAAGCUUGAAGAAAAUUUCCUAGAAUAUUCAUAAAAGUAUCGGUUGACAUGGGGCAUAUUUAAAAAAAAUAUAUUUUAAUUUAUGAAUUCAAAAAUGAUUUUUUUUUUCUUAGUUCUCUUUAAGGUUGAUCUUUUAUUUGCAGUUUACUUACAUACAAUAAAUAAAGCAAUAUUUAGCAUAUUGUUUUUUUUUUUUUAAAUCAGUGUUGUACCUUAAAAAAAAAAAAGGUUAUUUACAGAGUCCUUCACUGAAUUGUGUACUCCACUUGAAUGAAUAAAUGGAAAAAAACAGAUAGUUUCCGCUUGUAUCCUUAUGGUACCUCUGAAGUGUUAGAUGUCUGGGAGGCACUCAUUAGCAUCCAUCAGGCCUGACUUUGCAAAGCAAAUCUGUCUUGAAUUAGACUGCAUGUG